UCUAACAUUUUUCCCUUCCAUUUUUCACAGCAAAGCAGAAAAAUCAUCUCCAAUCAUGGAAACAUCUUCUUCUGAAUCCAGAAUGGCCACUGCCAAGGCUAUUGUCUCUGCCGCGGCUUCCGUCGCCGCCACUCUGAUGGUGGCCCGAUCAAUAGCCAAUGAUUUCCUGCCGCAUGAACUCCGAAGCUACUUCUUCUUCAACACUAGUAGAUUCUUCAGCCGUUUCUCCUCCACUGUCACCAUGGUCAUCGAAGAAUACGACGGGCUUGUCUAUAACCAAAUCUACGAGGCCGCAAAGAUCUAUUUAGGCACCAAAAUAUCUCCCUCCACCAGGAGGUUCAGAGUGAGCAAACCGGAGAAAGAAAAGAACUUUGUUGUCACCAUGGAGAGUAACGAGGAGGUGGAGGACGUCUACUCCGGCGUCAAAUUUAAGUGGAUUUUUGUUUGCCAGCAGGUAGAGGAUCGGAGCUUUAACAAUCCUCGCGACAUUGGUUCCACACUCAGAUCCGAAGUCCGUUCCUUCGAGCUCUGUUUCCCCAACAAACACAAAGAAAUGGUACUCAACUCUUACUUGCCAUACAUCGUCAAAGAAGCGAAAUCCAUGGUCCAAAAACAGAAGACCCUGAAAAUCUUCACCGUCGAGUACGAGCGGAUGUACUCUUGUAUGUCCGACCUAUGGAAAUCGGUGAAUCUGGAUCACCCUGCAACCUUCGAAACUCUGGCGAUGGAACCAGAACUGAAAAACACCAUUUUGAAGGAUCUGGACAGGUUCUUGAGGCGGAAGGAUUAUUACAGACAAGUGGGGAAAGCUUGGAAGAGAGGGUACUUGCUGUACGGUCCACCGGGGACGGGGAAAUCGAGCUUGAUUGCGGCCAUGGCAAAUUACUUGAAUUUCGAUGUUUAUGACUUAGAGUUGAGUGAGCUACGCUGCAACUCGGACCUCAGGAAAUUGCUGGUGGCGACGGCAAAUCGGUCGAUUCUGGUGGUGGAGGAUAUAGACUGUACUAUCGAAUUGGAAAAUCGGGCGGCAGAGAACAGAACUGUCAAUCGACAUGGUUAUUACGGUCGUCAAGAACAGGUGACCCUAUCAGGAUUGCUGAAUUUCAUAGACGGACUGUGGUCGAGCUGUGGGGACGAGAGGAUCAUCAUCUUCACCACCAACCACAAAGAAAAACUGGAUCCGGCACUGCUGCGUCCAGGGCGGAUGGACGUGCACGUCCACAUGUCCUAUUGCACUCCAUGUGGAUUUAGAGCUCUGGCUGCCAAUUACAUGGGAAUAGAAGACCACGAGCUCUUCGGAGAAAUUGAGGAGGCAAUCAGGACGACGGAGGUGACCCCAGCAGAGGUGGCGGAGCAGUUAAUGAGAAACGAUGAUGAUCUCGACGCCCUGCUUAGUGGCCUAAUCCAAUUUCUUAAGGUGAAGAAGAGGGAGAAUGAGGAGGCAAAGGCCAAGAAGAAUAGUGCACAACAAGAAUCGACGGCUACUGAAGGAGGACAAACCGAGGAAGAAGAGAACGAAAGUAGAGAAUCACUUUAGUAUAUGUCAGGAUUAAAUUAAGUGUACUGUUAAGGCCACAAACAAAAUGAUUAAGUGUACUGUUUUUAAUUAAAGUUAUUUUUCUGA